UUUUGCAGAUUUGAAAUAUGCCUCGAUUUGAUGAUCGAUAUGGAAACACUCGCCUCUACGUUGGCCGUUUGUCAUCUAGAACUCGCAGCAGGGAUCUUGAGCGUCUUUUCAGCAGAUACGGAAGGUUUCUCUGUGGGGGGUUUGCCUAACCUGGAGAGAUGUUUGAUGAGUUGUGUGGACUUGGUGUUGGUGUAAUUUGGUGGGAACUCUCUCGCCUGGUGUUAUAGAUGGUGCAUCGGCGAUUUUGUUUGUUCAUUUAUUGCAUGUUUUUUAGUGGGACUUGGCCCUACUAGAGUCUCAGAAUGGUGUUUUAAGUAAAUGAUGGGCCUUGAUUUUCUGGCUACACUUUCCGCAGAGUACGGGAUGUUGAUAUGAAGCGCGACUACGCCUUUGUUGAAUUUAGCGAUCCUCGUGAUGCUGAUGACGCAAGAUACUACUUAGAUGGACGAGACUUCGAUGGAAGUCGCAUCACUGUCGAGGCUUCCAGAGGGGUUAGUUUGUUUGCUCCUCGUGGUUCUCGGGACGGUGGCAGCAGAGGUCCUCCUCCUGGUUCUGGUCGCUGUUUUAACUGUGGUGUUGAUGGUCAUUGGGCUAGAGACUGCACAGCAGGUGACUGGAAGAACAAAUGUUACCGAUGUGGUGAAAGAGGACACAUUGAGAGAAACUGCAAGAACAGUCCUAGUCCUAAGAAGGCCAGGCGUGGUGGAAGCUACUCCAGGUCACCAGUUAAAUCCCGCUCCCCUCGCCGCAGAAGAAGCCCAAGCCGUAGCCGUAGUUACAGCCGUGGUCGUAGCUACAGCCGUUCACGAUCGCCAGUGAGAAGAGAGAGAAGCGUGGAGGAUAGAUCACUCAGUCCCAAGGCAAUGGAGCGAUCCGUAUCUCCCAUAGGCAAAGACCAAAGCCUUAGUCCAGAGCGAAGAGCCGUAGAUGCAAGCCCAAAACUAGAAAAGCAAGUUGGGUCGGACUAUGAAGCCAGCCCAAGGGAGAAUGGUAAUGGCAAGAACUCUGCGAGUCCUAUUGCGGGAGGUGAAGAAAGUCCUGCUCAAGACAGGAGCCCCAUUGAUGAUGAGCCUGAGCUUAACCGUUCUUCCCCUAAAGGCAGCGAGUCACCGUGAUGGCUCGUUACCCCCAAACAGGGUAAGAAGCUCAAUGUAUCAUUGUGUGUCAAUUGGGUGUUGUUCCUUAAACUUUUUCGUUGUGGACUCGUUUGUUUGUCUUGAGACAACUUUUAAACUUUGUUAUGUUUCAUAAACUUGUUUUUAGCAAAACAUAUUUAUAAUAUUCUCGUUUGUAAACUCUUAUGAAUAAAGCUUUCGAUUGUUUAUGCA